GAUCGGCGGCGCCGCCGCGGGCCUGCGGCAGCAGUGAGUGUGGUCGGUGCGGCCUCCCGGAGCUGGCCGCGGCCCUGGCUCAUACGCAGGUGGCCGCUGGAGGCGAGCGCACCGUCUUUGUCAGGAGCGACGGUUGUGCUGUGGCCUGCGGCAGCGAUGAUAGUGCUCAGUGCGACAUGCCCGCGCUGGCCGCGAGCCUGACCCAACCGCAGGUGGCCGCUGGAUCUCAUCACACCAAACUGCUCAGGAGCGACAGCACCGCCGUGGCCUGCGGCAUCAAUUAUCGGGGUCAGCGCGAAUUUCCGGCGCUAGCCGCGGGCUUGACCUAUACGCAGGUGGCUUUUGAAGCUUUUCGCACCGUCCUGCUCGGGAGCGAUGGAGCUGUCGUGGCCUGCGGCAGCAAUGACGAGGAUCAGUGCGAUCUCCUGGCGCUGGCGGUGCCCAACGGCAACUCGAUGCGCCUCGUGACUCUCUGCGGAGCGGAGCGCGGCGAAAGUGAGACGGGCCCCGCCACCCUCCUCGCGGACAUCUGCGGCCAGCUGUUGGCGGAUCACCGUGCGGGCAGGCUGGGACCCAGAGUCUGGCGAGUCGACGCGAUCUUGCCAGGUGGCCGGCUGCUCAGCAGCGUCUCGGCCGAGGAGGCCGUCGCCGGCGUCCUCGGGCUGGUUCGGCCAGGCUGA